CCUGAGAUACUUCUGCUUCUUCAUAUCCCAAGUCUGGCUGUUGCUUGCUACACUACUAAACUUCGUUGGAGAUAUUUCUAUCUUCACAUUUCCUCCAACGCAAAAGUCAAGUCUUGGUGAUUUUAAGUUUACCUAGAUUGGCACAUCCCACUCCACCCCACCACCCCCUCCAUUUCUUGCAUCAAAGACCUGGCUGGACCUGAAUCUCGGAUUCAACCCCGCUGCGCCGCCCUGGCUCACACUCACACUUACAACACCACAACACCAUCACAAUUCUAAAGAGCUUUGCUGCCUCAAUAUGGCUUUGAAAUUUGCCCCUUUUGGCUCUGAGAUCGAUCUUCCCUUUUACACAGCUUUGUCUCAAUCCAAAAUCGAUCAUGACAAACUAGAUGACUCGGCUCGGACGGUUAUUGGCUUAUAUGAGCCACGAAUUGUCAAACCCGAAGACAGCUGUCGCAUGAGAGUUCUUGGAAAUGCCUUGACAAGUGACGAGUGAGUGAUAAUACGCCUUCAUUUCCGAAGGAGAUUUGUGCUAAUUGCCAAGUGUUCCACCAAACCAUAUACGUGCCGAGGGCAAGAUUAAGAAUCUAAAUACCAUUGAAGAUUUCAAGAACAUUGACAAGACGGCUACAUUACAGACAGCUGCGAAACAGGUCCGAGUCCUAGCCUCUUUUAUUCUAGUUAAGCUAAUGUUCUAUAGAUUUGGGAUGCCAUCAACGAUGGGACCAUCUACUCCAUCCCCUCUCUACUAUCUUCAUUUUCUGUACUUUCUUUUGCCAACUUGAAAAAGUAUACAUUCACAUAUUGGUUUGCUUUUCCCGCCCUUCAUUCUGACCCAGUCUGGAGAAUGUCUGAGACUCAGCCCCCUCAACUUAAUGGGCAAGAUACUACCGAUUUGGUGGAUGAAGUUGGUACGUGGAAAUACGGAACCGAUAAUAGAGAACAUGGCUUCUUCUUGGCGAAAAGAAUGCCUCACAUUUCGCAUCACGAGACGAGCACCGAAGGUAAUGGUCUUUCUUAUAAAUGGGUGAUUGGAUCUUUACGGCAAUUUGAAAGCGGAUUUUUCCGAGGAGUAGCUCCAGAGGAUCAGUUUGUAGCUUUCGUCGACCCAUCCACAUAUCCUGAUAACCCAGGAUGGAUGCUGAGAAACCUGUUGGUUCUUAUAAAACGUCGUUUUAAGCUCGACAAGGUCCAAAUCUUGAGCUAUCGAGAUGUUCAUAGCCAACGGCACCAGGCGCGUAGUCGAGUCUUCUUGCUGGAGACUCAACAAGGAGAACCCGAAACGACUGUAAUGCCUCGAGUUACCGGAUGGGAACGCAACAGUAUUGGAAAAUUGAGCGCAAAGGUGACGAGUCUCGCCCAGUAUAUGGAUCCGAUUCAAUUAGCCGACCAGGCAGUCGACUUGAAUCUAAAGCUCAUGAAGUGGCGGAUUGCUCCGGAUCUCAACCUUGAAAAGAUCAAAGAAACAAAGUGUCUUCUUCUGGGAGCUGGAACUCUCGGCUCUUAUGUUUCUCGCGCACUUAUGGCAUGGGGAGUACGCAAGAUCACAUUUGUGGAUAACGCGAAUGUUUCAUAUUCAAAUCCUGUUCGCCAGCCACUAUUUGACCACAAAGAUGCGGCAACCGGAGCGAAAAAAGCACACAGAGCGGCGGACGCACUGCAAGAAAUUUAUCCGAAUGUCGAUAGUACGGGUCAUGUGCUUGCUGUUCCUAUGCUUGGUCAUCCGGUAGAGGACGAAGCCAAUAUCAGAGUGGACUUCGAAACGCUACAAAAGCUCAUUGACGAACAUGAUGCCAUCUUUUUAUUAAUGGAUACUCGAGAGAGUCGUUGGAUUCCAACUGUCAUGGGGAAGGCUGCCGGAAAGAUUGUCAUGAACGCCGCACUUGGCUUUGAUACUUACGUAGUCAUGAGACAUGGUGUUACAGCAUCAGAUGGUGGCCCAGCAGCUUUGGGUUGUUACUUUUGCAACGAUGUUGUUGCGCCUGGUGAUGUAAGUAUUCUUGUCUAUACGAUAUAAAUUGCUUGUGCUAAUUUCAAUACAGUCUGUCAAAGAUCAAACACUCGAUCAGCAGUGCACAGUGACGCGUCCGGGAGUUGCAGCCAUGGCUUCCAACUUACUGGUUGAAGUUCUCGUAUCAAUGCUACAACACCCCAAAGGUGCGGAAGCUCCAGCUCCCAAAGCCAUCGUAAACAAUUCUACAGCUUCCAUCGACUACGAAAGAGAUCCUCCAGAGCACCCACUGGGUAUUGUCCCUCAUCAGAUUCGUGGAUUUCUCUCCACUUUCCAGAACAAAAUCAUAAGUGGACAGUCUUACGAUUGCUGUUCUGCAUGUUCACCCAAGAUAGUGAACGAAUACAGACGAAAUGGAUGGGAAUUUGUUAAGCGUGCGCUAUCAGAUGCCACUUACGUUACAGAGCUCAGUGGUUUGGCGGAGGUACAACGAGCCGCUGAAGCUGCAGCCGAUAACCUUGACUGGGAUAGUGAGCCGGAUAUGGAUGAAGGCGAGGGCGAACUACUUUGAUUUAUUGCAUGAUUGUAUGAUGAUUACGACC